AAAACAACUUUGCAUAACGGACAAAGUUUAAACCUUUACAGAUCAAUAAAUAUUCUAGAGAAGACUAAAGUUGCAUGUAACUAGUCGCCAACUUGUAUAUUUGCCCAAACGAUUCCAUUGAAAAGAUUGAGGAUCAAAGAAGACUUGCUUUAAAGAUGGCUGAAAAAUUGUUUAACGUACACGAAAAAAAAACUAGUUCUAGUAUUUGUGCAGAUUCAGAAGCAGGCGCCUUGGAUGCUAAAUUCACUGAAAAUCUUAGACUUGAGGACGGAUCAAACGAUGCUGAAAAUAGCGAACUUCAGAUAUUGGGGAAGCAAUCCGCUGCUUUAACGGACGUUGAUAUUGGAAUGAGACAGGACCUGAUGUCAGAAAAAAGAAAACGCCUGGACAGUGAUAAAGAUCCUAAUUUACCUGUAUCAGUAACAGAAGCAAUCCAGAAAGACGAGAAUUGUGGUAAACCCUUAGCCUUUAAUAUCCCAAUUGAGAACUGCCAUCCAUCACGGCAACCACCUAAGAGAUUAUGCAAUGUAAAGAAAAGUGGUAAAACAAGUAUUGAUAAUCUGAACGAGAAACAGGCUUUAGCAGAAGAGAGAAGGCAGCACUACAAAGAAAACCGUCUCAAGAGGAUACGUGAAAGACAAGAAGCUUGCCGAAAACUGGCUCAGAAUGUGGACACCCUUUUGCAACAGCGUGCACUUGCUCAGGGCGUGGCAGAUGGUGCAGUGAAGCAUAUGACACCAAGUGAAAUACUAGCAACUGCACAUUUGGUUUCACAGAACUUCAGAGCUCUUACUAUCCAGCUUGGAAAUGACUUGGCAGUCAAAGACAAAGGAAAAGAAAAAAUGCACAAACAAUGUCAGGAUGAAAACCAGGAUAAAAGCGUGAGGGUUUCCUGCUCACAGAAGAAAUACCCCUCGAGUGUUAGUUUUACUGUGAGUUGUGAUAGUGGAAACAGUCCAGUCAAACCUAAGCUAACACCCAAACUACACCAAAAGAAAAAGAGGACACUUACUGCAGAAGAGAUUGAAGAAAAACAGAGAGCAGAAGAAAGAAGAAAUAAAAAAAUGGAGCUGCGUGCACAGAGAACACGAGAAAAUCGUGAAGCCCUUAUUGCAAUGGCCCUUGACAUCGAAAAAUUUGAAAAACUACAAUCAGCUGCAGCCUCUGCAAACGAUGUUGAAGACCUGGUGGAGCAAAAUAAAAAUGCAGCCCUCCUUGCUGAAAAACUUGCCAACCAAUUUGACAGAUUAAACAAACGAUAUAGUGAAGAUUUGGAGAGAGCAGAAAACUUUCAAAUCUCUCAUUCAAUUAUGUAUCUAGGUCCCUAAAGGAUUCAUUAUAAUUUUAGGAGUGUUGAAUGCAAACUAAUGUGUGAUGGACCAAAGUAAUGGAAGGGUUCCAGGCUUUGGUACCUUUAUUGAUUGAUUUUUCACAGAUAUUUAAUUUUAUAAAAAAAAAAUGUAAUACUUUUGCUGCAUAACACACAAUUUUAGCAUCACGGUAUUAUGACUAGGUAAAGUGACUUUUAUUUCCACAAAAUUCAUUUACGCCUUAUCCAAUACCACACUUAAAAUAGUACUUGACAAUAAAAAUAUGUACAUACAAUUACAAUUUAAAUUGAGAUGUUGGGGUUAGAUUCAAAAUAAGCUCAACUAUUGUAAAUAUUUUAGUAUGCACACUGUUUAUCAACUAUUAAUUUUCAGUUUUAAUGUAAAUUUCAUGUUUUGUUUUUAUACAUUUUGUAAAAUGUUAAAUUUAGUAUAAAAAUCUUAUUGUACACCUAUUUACAAGGGUGAAAGUAGAUCCAUUUAUAAUAAAUAAUCAACAUAAUUACAUAAUUACUUCUAUUUUAGGCUUUCUUACUAUUUACAUGAUGUGUGAAAUUUAACAAACCAUGAUGUUUGGACAGCUCUGGCAACCACCAUCAAGCAUGUAAACCAUAAAAAGGACAUCUUUUGA